GUGUACAUGCUGAGCUCUCAAAUCAAUUUGCUUCGACUAAAACCAAAUCAAAUAGGCAGCGACUCGCUGGAAAAGUUUUCACUUGCAAACAACUUUUCGAUAAAUGUAAAAAAAAAAUGAAAUCCAGAUAAGAAAACAUCUAAAAAAAAUCACACUCAUAAAUACUCAAAGCCAUAUUAGUGUCAAAUUGAACAACACGCUGCCCGUCCUCUGGGCAACUGUCGCAUUUUAAUCGAAGCCAUCGAUUCAAGCUCUGCAAACUCCGGGUGCCAUUUGUCAAAAUCAUCAAAGAAGUCUUCAAAGCAGACGCAUUUCCCCCACCAAUUGAAGCCAUGAAUCGCGUUCCCUUAGAGACCAGAGACGGUUUCCUCAUACGCAUCGAUUUCGCAUUGCUGCGCCGCUCGAAAGUCAUGCAGGAAAUGUGCCAGCACAGCGCCGGCGACGGGCCACAGCAGGAGCUGACGGUUGCCCUCGAUCACGAUAUUCUGCUCAAGAUUCUGCUCUGGAUGGAGUUCCACAAGGACGACGAGGAGCCCGACUGGGUGAAAAUGAAGGAGGAGCCAGCCGACUUGGAGCGCCACAUAUGCGACUGGGACAAGGAGUUCCUACGCGACAAACUGUCCACCGUGCGGGCAAUCAUGAGCGGCGCCGACUACCUGGACAUACCCUGGCUGGUGAAGCUCUGCGCCCGCAAGCUGCGCCUGCGCGGCCCGCCCGAGCUGUAUAUGCUCGCUCUAAGCGCCAUAUCACCAAUCGAUUAGUUACUUUAGUCCGUGUCGACACUGUAUGUAUGUAUAUUGUAUAUAUAUGUAUAUUGUAUGUACAUAUAUUGUAUAUAUGUUGUAUAUGCCAUGUUACAAAUAUACUAUACUCUGUAUAUUGUUACUCAUUAAAGAAACGUAUUCACAACA